AUGAGAGAGGAUUUCUUUUCAACGAUUGACACGAUUGAACAGCUUAUGGGAUUUCCCCUUGGUGACGAGCUCGGGAUUGAAGACAGGAAGAACGUCCAAUUCGUUUUCAAAGAACGAGCGUGGUUCGCGCGGAACCUCUUCCGGUCCUCAUAUUGUAGAACUGAAAACCAGAGUGAGAUUUAUGCCUGCCUAGCGCAGACAAUGCAAGAUUGGGCUUCUCUCGGCAGCUUACCUGAAGAACCACGCAAAGGUAGAGCCACAUCUGCAGACUCUGGAAUUGAACUUACAUUCGACGAGAUCGUAGACGUGGACAACUUUCCGACCCAGUGUCCAGGCCCUCAGUGUCUUUUCUGUCUUGGAGAUGACCAGCUUCCGCUUUCCGGGCGCACCUAUUCCUUUUUACGUCCCGAUCAUCUCCGAAGACACAUUCAAGAUUGCCACUUCCGCUGCCUCGAUUCAAACGCUCCUCUGUGGUGUUCUCACCCGUCAUGCCUAGAGGUUCGAGAUGUAGUGGAGGUUGUGGGGCCUGGUUGGGACGAGGAUUGUUGGAUAAUUUCUACAGCAGGUCGGAUUGGGAUUAUCCAGUGCGCUGCAGUGCAAGAGACUGGCAGCAACAUGAGUGGCUAUCGGUAUGCAGACGGGUCAAUAAAGAGGGUAAGCUUAACGCUGUGUAUGGAAACUGUUCCUAUGGAUCGUGGGGACUAG